UCAUGUCGCGUGGUGCGCGUCGUUUCUUGUUUGUGAUUAAAAACAAAAAGUUUUUAAAACUUCAAAACAAAAUAUUUUUAACACAACUUAUUUCAAGUGCAAAUAAAUAAAAUACUUAAUGUAAAUACACUACUUCUUUUAUUAAACUUUACAGUGAAUCGAUAGGCAUUAUAAAAUAAAACAUUAUAAUGGAAGGGCCAGGUAUGAGUUUAUUCCAAGGUGCUGCAAGCAUUCACAUAAAUAAUAGUGCUCAAGAUAGACUGGAAGAACAAGAAGAAAUUGAAGAUCAAAAACGACGUAAUGAAGAGCUAAAACAUAAACUGGCGAAUGCUUUUGACGAUCUCCUCGACGAUGACGAAGCCAGUUCAGUGAAUAGCAGUGGAAAUUGUACAAUGGAUCACACUCAAGCUAAUGGUAAACAACACACAAAAACUGGACUAUUACCAACUUAUACUGAAUCCUUAAAUCAUCUUAAAGAAGUCCUGCCUGUGUCUGACUCUCCUAAAGUCUACUGUGAAACUCCUAAGAGUCAUAUCAUUCAGCAUUUGAGACAUCAAGAAGAUCCCAUCAAACUUCAAUACAGUCCUUAUGGAGCUGGAGAUGCACAAAACCAUUAUUUUCCACAAGAGAGCAGAGAACAACAUCACCACCUUAAUGGUAUGAACAAUUAUGUGGCAGGACAAGCAUUUAAUAUUGACUUUGAACAACUGAAAGUUAUGUAUGAAGGCCGAGUGAAAGAAAUGAAGAACUUGGAUAAUGAGAUUGACAGUCUUAGAGCAAGACUAGAGGCUGCAAUUCACGAUAAAGACAAGGCAGAGUUCUCACUGCAAGAGUCCCAUGCUCUUUUAGCAUCAUGUAAGCAUAAAACAAUAGAAAUGGAGCAACAGAUUGGUUCGUUGACACAAAAGUUGAUAGAAAGUGACCAAGAUAAAGAACAACUGCGUCUUGAGCUACGGUCCGCUAACAUGAGCCUUCAAGAGGUGCAACAACGAUUGCAUACUAUGCAGGUUGCGCAUUCACAUGACACUGACGCUCUGUUUAGAGAACAGCAAGAUCGGCAUAGAGAAGAGAUGGACAGACUACAAAACGAAUUGAUUAAGACAAAAAAUAAUUUGGACGAUAAGGAUAGAGAAAUAAAGCGUCUCGAAAAACGAUGCAUGGAGCGGGACAGAGAGAAAGAAAAUAUACUUAUAGAGAAAGGAGCAACUAUAAACCGACUCGCGAAGGAAUUGGAAGCCGCUCAGAGUAGACUCGUGAAUGGGGAAUCAGUUAGACUCAAAGAGAGAAUCAAUCAGUUAACAAGUGAGAGGAACGCUUCGAGGGAACAGGUUAAGGAACUUGGGUCUAAACUGGAAGUUACGGCCCAUGAAUUAGUACUUUGUCGUAAUAAAAUGACUACUGUACAAAGGGAAAACGAGAGUUGGAAAUCAACACUGAAUCAAGUUCUACAUGAUGUGAUGCCAGAAAAUAAUUACAAUUCUGGUGAACCUCCGUCUCCCGGUAAACUGGCAACUUUGAAAGAUGCAUUAAGCCGCUACAAACAACAAAUACAGAAAAUAGGACAAUUACAAGAGGAACUAAAUAAAAGAGAAAAAAGAUUAGAGCAGCACCGCAAGCUAGAAUCCGAAUUGCGUUCAAAGCUCGAAGAACAAAAAGGCAUAGAGAUGCAGCUCAACUCGCGCUUGGCCGUGCUGCAGAACAAACUGGAGUUACUCGGCACACACUCGGAUACAGAGCUGGUGGAGACGUACAGACAGCAGAACGAACAGUUGAGACGGGAGGCGGAUGAUGUUAGGGGGGAAAUGAAGAAUUUGGAACUAAAAUAUACGGAGCUAGAGAUGGACUAUGAAAAGCUGAAAAACGAGAAAGGCAGUCGAGCGUCGCUAGUGCAGGAGGCGAAUGCGGAUUUACUACGAGAAUUAGAGAAAUAUAGUACUCAACUGAAAGACACGCUCAAGGAAAAUGGGGAAUUAAAGACUUUGUACUUACAGGUAUGUAGUGGCCGUGAUGCCGUAACGCGGGAAUUAAAAGAAAUGCGAACGAAUAUACAAAGAGAAAGAGAUGAAUUUAAAUCACAAGAGAGAGAAUAUAUAGAAAGAAUUGAAAAGGAGAAAAGACAAGCGGAGAAGCUAAAUAAUGAUUUGGGUAAUGCUCGAGAGGAGAUAGAAAGAGCCAAUAAGAGAAUAUCGGAGUUGCAGAAAGAGUUCACAGACAAGCAAAAAGAGUUUACGGAUAAGUUAAAUAAGUAUCUAGAAGACGAAAAAUGUGCGAUGCGCAAGGAAAUGGAAGGAUGCAUUCAGUGUGAAACACAAUUAAAACAUAUAAAGUACUUAGAGGAACAACUCAACAAGUGCAAUGUUAAAUUGGCGGCACAAGAAAGCAAUGAAGCACUCAUGAAAGAAUUGAAAGGGAAAGCGGAAUUCUUCCAAAAUUAUAUAAUGGAGAGGUUUAAAAAGAUUCAAGAUCAGAAGACAGUUGCAACUAACACAGAGAGUGGUGAUCAUGUUAAAAGUGACUCUAGUAUUGAACAGUUGGUGCAAGAAUGUGAUGAUGCUAUUGCCGCUAAGACAACUCUAAUGAUGAAAGAAAAAGCAAUACGAGAUCAAAUAGCCGAAAAGUUCACACUCGAAAUAAAAACGAUAGAAAUGAACUGCGCGCGGCGAUUAAACGAAAUGGAAAAGGAACAGCUCACAGCGGUCACUAAAUUGAAAGAUUUACUCGAAAGAAAAGCUAAAGAAGUCGAUACAUUAAAAGAAUUCAUUUUAUCAGAAAGAGCGAAAGUCACGCAAAUAUUGGAAGCGAAAGAAAACGAAAUAUCCAUCUUGAUAAAGGACCAUAAUGAAUUACAAGCGGAGUGUCAGAGGUUGAAAGACGAUGCUGUCGAUUGGAAACACAAAGCGGAGAGAUAUAAGGAGAGAUUAUCUAGAUUUGGUUCGAUGGAGGAUGUUUUGAAUAGAGAAAGGGAAGAUAUGAAACAGAAGUCCAGCUCUUGUGCCAAGGAAUGUCAGGGAUUGAAGACUAAGUUGGUGGAAUUGCAGACGCAGUUCACUCAGUUGGAACAUAAGCAUAAUAAGCUACAAAGCGAUCAUCAAGUGAUACAGGAUAAAUAUAGGAACGCUAAGAAAACAGUUUACACUUAUAAGGACUACAUGGCGAAAAAGGACACGCACAUAAACAAUGAAAUGAACAGGAUACAAGACGAGUAUCGAAAGAUAUUCGUAAAACUACAGAACCAGAUCAACCACCACGUAAAUUGUCGCGUUCAAGAGGAGAAGCGUGGGAGCAAGUCUACACCACAGUAUGAUUGUACGGAGAAAAUCAACAAGUUGAACGAAGAUUUCGCCCGUCUCGCUCAGUCGAACCUCAAGGAUUUAAACCAGUGACAUUUAUUCAUGUCUACAUUGCGUACAUUCAUUUGUUAAGCAUUUUAUUUUAAUGUUUCUCAAUCCUUACUAAU